CGAAUUUGUAAAUAGAAAAAUAUGUAACGUGAAAUGGACGGUAAGAGUAUUAAAUUUCUUCAUUAUUUGUCAUACGAGUACAAUAGAAUAUAUCUGUCAUACACAUUCUGCAUUUUAAUGUUUCAUAUAUUUGUGCUUACAGAAAUGGAACGAUCAAAACGGAUAGUGGGUAAACCAUCACGCUACGAAACCACAUCGUCGGACGAAGUUCCGAAACGCACAAAGAUAGGAACAGCAAAAAUACUUAAUACGAACAUUAAUGACAACAUAGAUGAUAUUCGAAGGAUUCUGGAAAGUAACGCACAAAGUAAUAAUAAUGAACAUUUUGACAAUUCUUUGACACACAUAUACGUUGAACCACACACGCCCGUAAUACCGCACAUGUACACACAACCAAACACAAGUAAUAUAACGUAUCCAUGCACGUUUCCCAAUAUUCGUACCGUAAGCGUAUCACAACCAGUAUUAUCUGCAUAUGAUAUACCACAGGCAGAAUGUAACAAUAACAAAAUUUAUAUUGAGUUGGAAAAGAGAAGAAUAUAUAACAUGCAGCCUAAUGCACAGAACGAACAACCGCCGCAGAAUCAGAUUAACUCAGAUAUUAACGUGCAGAGCAUUGAGCAGACUGACAAUAGGUAUGCUAAUUAA